AUGGACGAAACAAAGGAAAGCCAGACUUCUCAUCUUCGGCCAGCACCUGCACCAUCGCGACAGCUUAGGGAACAUGCUUUCCAUACCCUGCCUGCCUAUUCCGGCCCGUAUAGUGUCGGCUGCAUGGAGAUCGAGCUGCCGGUCAGAGAACCCCGAAUAUUUUCACGCAUCAAACGAGACAACAUUCCUGCCCUCAGGCUGGACACGGUGCUUUUCUCGAUCUACUAUCCCUGCGAUGUCAGCUCUUACGCAUCGAAUGGGAAGACGCCUUCGAAGCCGACAUGGUUACCUCGGCCACGGGCUCGUACUUGCAAAGGAUACGCCAAGUUUCUAAGCAUCCCUCGCCUGCCCGUCACUGCCUACAUUGCAGGAACAACUAUGUUCACCAAACUGCCAGCAUUACGGAACGCGAAGCUUGCGGGAGGCCCACCGCACGAGCAAAAUCCGCCUCUUCAAGAAGAUAGUCAAGCAACUUUGGGAGGCGACAGCGGCCAAAACCCCGUCUUCCCAGUAAUUCUCUUCAGCCAUGGACUCGGCGGAUCUAGGAUGUGCUGUAGCGCCGUUUGUGGAGAGAUGGCAAGCAAUGGAUUUGUCGUAGUAGCUUUAGAACAUCGUGAUGGCAGUGGUGCAAGGAGCUAUGUCAACGUACCGCCCAGCCAGAAUCUAGCAGAUUGUCGUGUUCUGGACAAUACGAAGUCGGAAAACUCAUAUCUCGUCGACUACAUCUUUCCAAAGGACAAUCCGCUGGAUACUUCGCCUAACAACGAACGUGGCCCGGAUACUGAGCUUCGUACAGCCCAAAUUGAAAUGAGGUUAGCGGAGAUCGAAGAAGCCUACGCAGUACUGGAGCUCAUCAACAAAGGCCAAGGCGAAUUGGUCUUGAAGAACAACUUGCGUAAGGAAGGCAACAUCGGUUCAAGCUCCAAAGGGUUGGACAACAUUGACUGGUCAGAUUGGCUUGGACGGCUUCAUCUCAACCAGGUGACCGUUAUGGGGCACUCUUUCGGUGGUGCCACAACCGUCCAGAUGACUCGCGAAGGUGGCCGCUUUCCGUGGGUCGGCCAGGGAAUUGCUCUUGACGCUUGGGGUCCAGCUAUACCAAAACUUGGAGACAGCUGCCAGAAACCUACGACGAAGCCUCUUCUGGCCAUCGGCUCCGAAGCGUUCAUGCACUGGCCUGAAAACUUCGACGGAAUUGCGGAACUAUGCAAGAACGCCGCAGAUGCUGGCGGAAAAUGCUGGAUGAUGACGAUCAAAGGUUCUACUCACCUAUCUCAGACUGACUUCGCCAUACUGUAUCCCAAUUGGAUGUCGUGGUUCGCGAAGACCAUGAUUCAUCCCAGGCGGGCUGUUGCGAUCACCAUAAAUUCAUCCUUGGAGUUUCUAAAAAUGGUAUUACCGGAAGAACAGACGGUCGGUAACUCGUGGAUUGAUGAGCAUUUCUUGGAUACCGAAGUAUUCUCGCCCGAAAAUGGCAUCCUAGACGAAUAUAGACCGGACGAAAAAUGGAUGGCAGCUCGCCUCAAAAUUCCGCACGAGUUUCGACUUCGUCUGAUGAACUGGCUUCGAAGGGUUUCAGAACCACCAGACGCGCCGAGAGAUGCUUCAGGAAAGCCACUCGUCGGGCUCAUUACGCGCCGCCUGGGUGACGAGGUGUGGAUGCAUCUGAGCCCUAGAAAGGGGAACGUGGAGGAUGGCAUUGAGCCAAGCGAAGAGCUGUCAAGAAGGGAGAGCAGCACGGGCAGCAAGACGUAA